CUUUAGUCCGUCUUCGUGCAAAAAUCUGUGGUACAGUUCGCAUGACUUGCAACUGAGGUCUCACUUUGGUCCGUCAAAAUUCGUUGUCCAAUUUUUUUACUCCGUGAGGUCGUCUGCACAGUCCUUAACCACCAUGGUGAAAUAUGCGGUGAUUUGCGCCAGUAAUCAAAAUCGAUCUAUGGAGGCUCACAAUGUCUUAAGUAAAAAAGGAUUCAAUGUACAUUCUUACGGAACAGGGACAAUGGUCCGAUUACCAGGUCCAGCCAUCGAUAAACCCAAUAUUUAUCCUUUCGGAACGCCCUAUGAUUCUGUCUAUCAAGAGCUAAAGGGAAAGGACCCUCAAUUGUAUACGCAGAACGGUUUGCUCAGUAUGCUGGACAGAAAUAGAAAGAUUAAGGACGCUCCGCAACGAUGGGCCGAUUCCGUAGAUAUGUAUGAUGUGAUCAUCACCUGCGAAGAGCGAUGUUUUGAUUCUGUGUUUGAAGAUCUCGCCAACCGAGGAGAAGAGUCGAGUAAAUCAACACAUCUCAUCAAUGUAGAUAUUAAGGAUAACCACGAAGACGCGUUGCUCGGAGGUCGAGCAAUAUUACAACUUGCUCAAAUGAUUGAAGCAUCCAAAGAUAUUGAUAACGAUAUUCAAACUAUCAUUGAAAAAUUCGCUGAGCGGUACCCUACGCACCCAAUACUUCACACUAUUGCAUACUAUUAACAAUUACUAUGUUUCUGUAUUUGGCAUUUCCAUUAAAACAAAAGGUUGAGCAUGCUCUCCAAGCACUGAUCAUGAAUUGUUUUUUUGCGUUAAAAACUCCAGCAAUGCAUCUUCACCUUUGAUCCGUAUUAAUUCCUCUAUUGCUUUAUACUUUUCGGCUUUUGCGCUGCUACUUUCCACUUUGACAUCAGGAUGAGUCGUAUCUUGUUUCGAGCCCUAUGUC